AUGUACACCUACACUCCUACAAUGCGCUUUCUCGUCCUCUCUCCCACCAGCUACAGCGCUGCACCCGAGGAGACCACACCGGCCUCCAAGUUCCUCAACCUCUCUCCCACCCACCAUGGCCCAGAGCCUCUCUUCGAUGACGCGGAAGCAUCCAGCCAGUCCAUCACCUACACUCCGACCCACGCGUUUCUCACUCUAUCUCCCAUCCACUCUGGCCGCCCGCGUUCGGUGCGCUCGCGCUCCGACAGUGUUUCCUCUACUUCCAGUGUUUCCUCUCGUUCGAGUGGAAUCUCCAUUACCCCGGCUGGGGCGCGUUUCCUUUACCUGGGAUACUAA